AUGAAUACAUGCAGUUUUAUAUUCACUAGUAUACGAACAGAAUUACCGUGUUAUGUCUUAGGUGUUGAGCGCACAUGGGAAUAUUUAAAACAAGAAUUCAAUCGGAAUAGUGAUGGUUUACCCAAUGCAAAAUAUUAUGAAACAAUGGGUGCUGGACCUCAAUUAUUUGCUGUAGUUGGUGAUACAGUAUAUUAUCAUGAUGAGGAGCAAUGGUUUCCAUAUUCAUCUGCGAUUAAUAUUGUACAUGGAACAAUACAUAUUGAUGAUUGA